AUGGGGAGAGUGAAGCUUCAAAUCAAGAUGAUUGAGAAUACGACUAAUAGACAAGUUACUUACUCAAAAAGAAGAAACGGACUUAUCAAGAAAGCUUAUGAACUUUCUGUUCUAUGUGAUGUUGAUGUAGCUCUCAUCAUGUUUUCUCCAUCUGGGAGACUCAGUCUCUUCUCUGGCAAUAAAAGCAUUGAAGAGAUUCUAGCACGCUAUGUUAAUCUUCCUGGGCAUGAACGAGAAGGACGAGUUAAAAUUGUCAAUACUUCAGUUAUAUUUGAAGAUAAGAUUCGCGGCAACAUAAUAGAAAGUAGGAAUAAUAUAUAUAAACAUAGACGUUAUAUUGACAAUUUUCCAUGUCAUUUUGAUGGAUGCAGCCCAAUCAGUACUGAUUCUGAUCAACUCGAGGAGAUUCAACAAGAAAUCCUAUGCUGCAAGUCACAAGUAAAAGAAAUGGAAAAUCAACUGAGGAUAUUUGAAGGUGAUCUCUCUGAAGUCACGACAUUGCAUGAGGCUGAGUACCGGGAGCAGAUCCUUGAAGAAACUCUAAAACAUUUGCAUGUGCGCAAGCUGCAAAUCCUGGAAGAGUAUGAUUCUUCUGCUACAGAGACUACAGUAGUACAGGUACAUGCACCUCCAGCUACAACAAAUGUAGAUGAAUUUGUGACAGCAAGUCCACACAAUAUUCUGGUUGACUGGCUUCCACAAAGAGACCCACAAGUUCAGAUCCUCAACUUCUUGAAUGCAAAUGGCCUUCUUCCCCUAAGAGGUGAGGCGCAAAGUAGACUUGAAGUCAUAGCAGCACCCCAGUCAUCAACACUCCUUCAUGGCAUAAAUCUUGAAGAUCGGAUGAACCCAGGCAGAGGCAGUGGUUUAGACGAUGAGAAUAACAACACUACUCUGCAACGUCCAGAGCUGGGACAAGUUAUUGAUGUCAACUUGUCCCCGUGGAAUGACUUCUACCAGACAAGUAAUGAACUGGUUUCUGCUUCACGUCCCACAGGACGAGUACUUGAAGAAAUAUAUAUGCCGUCUGAUCAGUUCAAUCCACCAACUUUCUUGAGUACACCACCAAAUCAUCUGCAUGAUGAUCAACAACAAAGAUGA